CCGGCCGCAGCCCGGGCGCCCCGUCGGCGGCCAGCCCGAGGAGAGCCGGCGCGGGCCGCCUGAGCGCCGCCUGCCGCCCCCGGCCGGCCGGGCCAUGGCCGAGGUGGGGGGCUUCCUGGGCUCCCUGGACCUGCACGGCUUCUCGUCGUCGCUGGGCACCGCGCCGCUGGCCGACUCGCCGGGCUUCCUGACCGAGCGGCUGGGGCAGAUCGAGGGACGGCUGCAGCGGGGCUCGCCCACCGACUUCGCCCACCUGAAGGGCAUCCUGCGCCGGCGGCAGCUCUACUGUCGGAUGGGCUUCCACCUGGAGCUCUUCCCCAACGGCACCGUGCGCGGCACCCGGCAGGACCACAGCCGCUUCGGAAUUUUGGAGUUUAUAAGUUUGGCUGUAGGACUGGUUAGCAUCCGUGGAGUGGAUUCUGGCCUUUAUCUUGGAAUGAAUGAGAGAGGGGAGCUGUAUGGAUCGAAGAAGCUCACACGGGAGUGUGUUUUCCGCGAGCAAUUUGAAGAAAACUGGUAUAAUACCUAUGCCUCGACCCUCUACAAGCACACUGAUUCUGAGCGACAGUAUUAUAUUGCCUUGAACAAAGAUGGGUCUCCCCGAGAAGGAUUCAGGACUAAGAGACAUCAAAAAUUUACUCAUUUUUUACCUAGGCCAGUAGAUCCUGCUAAGAUGCCUGCAGUGUACAGAGACCUUCUCCGCUACAGGUGAUACUCCCUGCAGCUUGAGAGCCUUAUAGGGGUGUGAAUGCACAUGAUGGUGUAGCAUACACACCAUUGGGUUUCCAAAGUUUUUGCUGGAGCACUACAAACCUAUUCCUUUCACCCCUCCUGCAAGCCUAGUUAACGCAUAGAGAAGCCCUUGCCUUGAAUCCCUUCGUUUUCAAAGAAGGCUACAAGAAGGAUGGAUUGAGUCCCCAGGGAGCACAACAGGAUGGGGCAGAGCUUGGAACCCUACAUAGGAUCGUUUUCCAAUUACAUGUACAAUUUGGUGGGCUAAGAAGAGGAAGCCAUUCACUCUGAGCAGAAGAGAUUGUGUUUGACAACCACCACCAGCAGCAUUGAUCCUGAGCUAUGCAACCGGGCACAGAAGAAUUCAGAAAUAAUUUGCAUUGUGCUCAAAAAGUUGGAAAGCUUGCUUGCUAAGCUGGUCCUUUGCGACUUGCCAGAUAUUGGUGAUCCAAAAUCUGAGAACUCAUGGGCUUGCAUGGUAAUAAAAGUGGAGAAUCUAUUGGAUGUUUGGCUCCUCAGGAAGAUGUGCGUGAAUGUGGCUUUAUAUGUCCAAGCGCACACUUUGAUGUGCUUGUGUUUCCUUCCGUUGGAGUCUGAUAGCAGAAAGGAGGAGGUGAGAUCAAAGAACAAGCAUUUUUAAGAUGGAAACACAACACUGUUCGUAAGGACAAAUCUAUUUAUAAAGUGUAUAAUAUAUUUAUUUUAUAUAUUUAUUUAUUUCAAAUAUAUAUAUAAAUAUAUAUAUAUGUGUAUUAUUUUUUAAAUGAGAGAUAUUAUGACCCAACUUUCUUCAGAAAGAAUAAGGUCCUACUGAUGUAGGAAAAAGAGGAAGGGACUUUAAAGAGCUUUAUCAGCAAUAAAAUGUCUUUAUAUAUUGCAGGUGGCUUAUUAAUUUAUUGUAAUGAUACUGAUUCAUAAUUUAAGAUUUAAAACCAUGAAUGUGGAAGAGACCUACAAUUACAGAAAACAUCCUAUGGUAAGUGAUGGAAAGAGGCAGAGAUACACUUGGUGGAUGGUUCUGUAGCUAUUUCUGCAAAACUAGCCCCAUUCAGUUGUUAUACUAUACUAAAAGAGAUGAGUUUAGAAUUGUAGCCAAAUUUGAAUUAAAUUUGUGACAAAUCCAUUUCUCCCAUGUAGGAAAUCUUGUUUCUGAGCUGCCCAGAAUUUGCUCCUCUAAGGAAAAAAAAAGUUAAAAAAAACAACAACAAUUGGAUCAUUUUCACAACCUGGGAAAUGACAUGAGUGGGAAGCACAGAGCUUCCCCAUAUGGUAUUGCAUCAUAGUUCCCAGCAUGCUAACCUGGUGAAGUUACUGGGAUUCUGGAGGGCAACCAGUUCCUGGUAUCCUGCCCUAAAAGAUGGCAGCCAUCAAAUCACAAGCCAGUGUGACAUUUUCUAUUAAGAAUUUUUACCUCAUAUAACACAUGUUACCAGGACAUUUCUACUGCAUUUGUACAACAGGUCCCACUUUAUUUCAAAAUGAAGAAUUGAGAAAAGCCAUAGAUAAGUGUUUGGAUCCAACUAUCCCAGGUUUCUUCUUGCUACCGGUCUUAGACAAGGACAAACAGAAAUUUCUCCCUAAACGCCAUCAUUGCAUGGUUGGCGCAUGGACUUCCUGCUCAGGAUGCCUCUCUCAUCCUGAUAAUUCUCCUCUGGCCAUCAUGUGGCUCAGGUUAGCUAGGAAAGAACCCUCUCCUAGACUGCCCUUGGCUGGGUUGGGGUGCUAAGUAGGAUCCGACUUGCUUGGCAUGGAUUGGGAGGCCCUCCAGGGCAGGGCUUUUCAACCUUGGCAACUUUAAGAUGUGUGGACUUUCAUUUCAAGAAUUCAGUUUGGGAGUUGAAGCCCUCACAUCUUAAUGAUGCCAAGAUUGAAAAAUUCUGUUGUAGGGAAACACGGCUGUAGGCUAGACUGAGAAGGCAAAAACAAACCAGAAGAAGGCAAACUGCCAUUGUGCCAUUGCCAAGAAAACAUGCCAGGAAAGAUUUGUAUAAUCAUUUUUAGAAGAGCUUUAGAUUUCAAUCCGUUUCCAUUUGGUUCCUUCUCUGAGCCCCUGGCAUGUAAUUGUAACCGAAUUAUUAAUCCCUACUUAUUUUUUGACUGUAACAGAAUUAAGUGGUUCAAAUGUUGUAUCCCAACUGACAUUGUGGUCCUAUCUUUUUUGACUGAGAGUCAUUCAGAUGGAUUAGGGUUCUCUUUGCAUCAUCAUAGCCUUCAGUCAUACUUAGUAGAGAAAAUAGGGGAUUGAAAUCUCACACAUCUGGAAAAUAACAACUAAGAAAACGACUGUUUUAAUCUCUUGAACACAAUCUAGAAUUCUCCUUGUUUUCCACUUUGAUGAUUUCCCUAAAAAGGGCUCUGGGAAUUCUAGGGCCAAGAUGAAAUCAUGUUUUUUCAUUGCCUAAAACAUUAUCUAGUGUCCUGUAAAUAAUUUGCUACAUAUGUGUUAUUUUUUUACCUUUAAACUUCCACUUAUUCCUCGGGGGGGGGGGGGAUCUGCUGAGAAACACAUCCAACUUUUAUAAAUGCUGAAUUAAAGGUUUCAGUUGGAGUUUGGCCAGCCCUCCUGCGUUCUGACAAUAAUAGUCUUGCAUAAGAGUAUGCACUAAAUUGUUUUGAUCCUUUGUCAUAAUAUGGAUGCUCCCAGUGGACGUCCAACCAUGAUCUUUAAUACAUGAACCAUGUCAUUUCCCACCAUUUUGAGAUACGAAACACCCCAACACCCUAGUGAAGAAGAAAAGAUCACUAAAAUUCCUGGCUUUCCUCAAGAAACCUCCUGGCCACAGCAGGCCCGGGUGGUCAGGCCAUCCAAGGAGAUCCCAAGACUGGGUGGGUGGAGCAGAUCUGUUCCCUGUAAUCUUUCACCUCCCUUGUGCUCUGGAGCAGGCUCGGCGUCAAAGGAGGCGUAGGAUGUGCUUGAACACAGCAAUAAAACCAACCAUUAGUAUUUAGGUUCAUGAAAAGGUUCCUGGCUUAGUAACUUGAGUGAAAUGGCUUUGUUUCACUGUACCUUGUUUUUUAAAAUUUAAUCAAUGUACAUUUAAUGAUAUAUCAGGAUGUGUCUGUCCCUUUUUCAGCUUGCUAGGGACUUUGCGAAAGUAUACGAGAUGUACAAAAAGGCUUUGGCACUGCAGCUCUGGAGCUGGCGAACGAGUCCUUCUGCAGCAGACACAGAAGGAUUUCAGCUGGAACUCCCUGCCCUAAACUUACCUCCAAAUUCCUCUUUAAUCUUUUGUUAAAUCCUAAAACUAUUUCACAUAAAUGUAAUUCUCACGCCCAGCAAAUGCAACAGGCAUCUAUCUUGAAAAUCUAUAGGGGAUUUAUGGCAAAUUUUAAAUCCUUGAUAGCUUUUUUUCAACUACACAUCAGAGAUGAUCCUUACUUUUUUUAUGUCUUGCUUCUAAUUUGAUCAAGUGGAUAAAUGUAAUACAGGAGACAUAAAUGUAAUACCAAUAAAACUCUCAACUACUGUAA